UAACUUGUGACAGCUGAGGAGCGGAGGUCACACCGAAGCGUCACAUCCUCCGCCAUUUCUCUUUUAGAGUAACAGUGUUAACACAGUCAGUUCAGUUCUGCAGUGGGAGAGGACCAGGACACCCCUCCCUCCUACUGAAAUAUCAUAUCAAACCAUAACAAGAUGGCCUCCAUGUCGGUGGACCCAGUCACGGAGCCGCGGAUGUACCAGCAAACGCUCCUACAAGAUGGGCUCUGUGAUCUCCUGGAUUCUAACAAGUUUGUGGACUGCGUUCUGAAGAUCAAAGACAAAGAGUUUCCUUGUCAUCGUCUAGUGCUAGCCGCCAGCAGUCCUUACUUCAAAGCCAUGUUCCUUUCAGAUCUGGAAGAGAGCAAAAAGCGGGAGAUUGUUCUAAAAGACAUCGAACCUGGGGUCAUGGGAAUGAUCUUGAGGUACAUAUACACCUCAGAUAUUAACCUGACUGAGCAUAACGUCCAAGACAUCUUCAUGGCGGCCAACAUGUACCAGAUUCCAUCAAUCUUCAGCGUUUGUGUCUCGUAUCUACAGCAGAAGCUGGUUCUCAGUAACUGUUUGGCUAUCUUCAGACUGGGACUGUUGCUGGACUGUCCACGUUUGGCUAUGGAGGCGCGGGACUUCAUCUGUGACCGGUAUGCCCUCAUCAUUCGGGACCAGGACUUCCAUCAGUUGGGUCCCAGCGAGUUGGCGGCUAUUAUCACGUGUGACUCUCUGAAUGUGGACCGAGAAGAGCUGGUGUUUGAAUCUCUCAUGGAAUGGGUGGAGUACGACACAGGUGAGAGAUUGAAGGACUUGGCACAACUUCUACACUGCGUACGUUUCCGUCUUAUUCCGACGAGUUAUUUUAAAGAGAAAGUCGAGGGGCAUAGAUUGAUCAGGACGAAUCAGGAGCUCAAGAAGGAGCUUCAGAUUGUCAAGGAUGCACAGAAAGGACUGAUACACAGGGUCAAAAGGGUCAAGAAGCAAGGCGAGACGGUGGAUUCUGAGGACGAGGAUGAGGAGGGUUUGCUGCCGGGGAUCCUAAACAACAAUCCACGUUUUGGAAUGUUUCAAACAGACCUUAUAUUGAUGAUUAGCGACACGGGGACAGUAGCGUAUGACAUUGGUGCAAACGAAUGCUACGUGGCGUCUUCGUCCACCGAGAUCCCUAAGAACCACUGCAGCCUUGUCACGAAGGAAAAUCAGGUCUUUGUUGCUGGAGGUCUGAUGUACAACGAGGAGAACAAAGAUCAGCCAUUCAGUUCAUACUUUCUUCAGUUUGAUCCCAUGAGCUCUGAAUGGUUGGGGAUGCCCUCACUACCAGACCCUCGCUGUCUGUUCGGUUUGGCUGAGGCUGAGAACUCCAUCUAUGUGGUGGGAGGAAAAGAGCUGAAGGAGGGAGAACGUGCACUAGAUUCUGUUAUGGUCUACGACAGACAGUCAUUCAAAUGGGGAGAGUCGGACCCUCUUCCAUACGCAGUUUAUGGACAUGGAAUCAUUUCGCACAAAGGACUGGUCUAUGUGAUAGGUGGAAAAACUGAGAGCAAGAAAUGCCUGAGGAGAGUAUGUGUCUAUGACCCCUCUAAGUUUGAAUGGAAGGAUCUGGCACCCAUGAAAACCGCCCGCUCGCUGUUCGGCACUGCUGUUUACAAAAACAAAAUCUACGUUGUGACUGGAGUCACCGAUAACGGCCUGACUAACAGUGUGGAGGUCUAUGACAUCGCCAGCAACACCUGGUCGGAGUUUGUAGAGUUUCCUCAGGAAAGAAGCUCUCUUAACCUGAUCGAACUGGGCGGCUGCUUGUAUGCUGUAGGGGGUUUUGCUAUGAUGCCCAAUGAGACAACAGAAAAACUGGAGCCUACUGAAAUGAACGACAUAUGGAGGUUUGAGGAGAAGGAGAACUGUUGGAAUGGGAUCCUGAGGGAGAUCCGUUAUGCUGCAGGGGCCACAGUGCUUGGAGUACGUCUGAACACCUUGAGACUCACAAAGAUGUGAUCAACAGCUUGAGAAAACACACAGUAAACAAUGUUGCCCACAUCUUCAUAAAAAAGCAUUACAUAUUCCAUUGAAUCAUCGGUCACAGACUUUGAUUAAUGUUGUUAUACAGUGAUUAGUUAGCAGUGUUUGGUGCUGCUGUUCCAAAAAAACUCAGCAGAUGGAGACAAACACAAGACCAUUUUUUUUUUUCAUAAGAA